GAAAUACGUCAAACACACGCGCCGUCUAACAUCAACAAAUCGUUGCUGCUAGAGCGUAUUAACUCGUCUGUGUGAUAUUUUUGGAAACUUUGCCUUUUUUCUAAAUCAGCAUGUCCGGAAAGACGAAAGAACUUUUACAAAUGGACCUGUACGGGUUACUCGGCGUAGAGAGAACAGCGACAAAUAAAGAGCUUAAAAAAGCAUACAGACAGAAGGCCCUGACGUGCCAUCCGGACAAGAACCCCGACAACCCAAAAGCAGCUGAACUCUUCCACCAGUUGUCCCAGGCCCUUGAGGUUUUGACUGAUGCUCCUGCCAGAGCUGCAUAUGAUAAAAUCUGUGCUGCAAAAAAACAAGCAGAAGAAAGAAACCGCAAACUUGAUGAUAAAAGGAAAAAGAUUAAGCUUGACUUGGAGGCAAGAGAGCAGCAAGCUGAAGCCCACAAACAAGAUGAAGUGCAGAUGACCAGGACACUCGAAGAGGAGAUUGCCCGUUUGAGAGAGGAGGGAUCCAGACAGCUGGAGGAGGAGCAGAGGCUCAUUAGAGAACAAAUUCAGAAGGAAAGAGAUGCCCAGAAUCCACAGUGUGGGGUAAACAGAUGUUCCUCUGUCACCCCAAAAUUGAAGCUCAAGUGGAAGUGUAAAAAUAAUGAUGAGACUAAAGGGGGCUACUCUCAUGACAUCCUUAUGAGGCUUCUCCAAAAGUAUGGUGAUGUCUUGAAUCUCAUUGUCUCAAGUAAGAAGAAUGGUAGUGCUGUAGUUGAAUUUGCAACAGUGAGAGCAGCGGAGCUGGCAGUGAUGAAUGAGAGUGGUCUGAGUGGAAAUCCACUGAAGAUUUCAUGGCUUGAAGGAGAACCAGUGACUGCUCCUCAGACAGAUCAGUUUAAAUCAGCACAGAGCUCCCUGACAAAAGAGCGUGACUACGAAAGCAUUGUGAUGAUGAAAAUGAGACAAGCAGCAGAACGACAGAAACUCAUAGAGCAAAUGCAAAGAGAGGACGAAGAGGAAGCGAUGACUUCAUAGUUUUUAAAUCAUGUCUUUCACUUUCUCAGGUGAAUGUUAUGCAUUUUAUUGUAUGUACAUAAAUAAAAAUACAUGUUUUGCAUUUGUUGUAACUAUUUUAGCAUUUUUAUUGAUAAGUAGUGAGGAAGAUGAAAAUGCAGCAUAAUGAGAAGCAAUAGCAAAAGGCAUGUUGAGGCUAAUUUCUCAGAGAUAGGAAUCAGUCCAUAAAGUUCAUCUGUUCUCAGGUAAAAGUAAUCAUCAACAACAUUAUGUAAAAUGUGUUCUAAUAGUAAAUAAAUAGCUUUCUCCAGGACCAAUAAACAUGAGAGGAAACUAGACCUCUGCUAUUUGGCAAACACCCACUGUAUUGAUAGAUACAAGGAGAGUAGAAUAAAGGCCAGGCAAACAUGCUGUACUAUUAGCCAAGACCGUCUGAGAAUCAGUUUUAAGCCAUAGCAUUUUGUGAUUAUGAUAUUGCUAGAGGAGGUCACUGAGAUGUCAGCCCCAAUUCAUCAACACUAAUGAUAGUAUUUAACUGGUAACCGCUGGUAAAAUCUCUUCUUAGCUCUUCAGUAACCCUGUGAUGAGAUGGUUUGGUAGCAAUCCAAACCACAGACAAUGCAAUGCCAAUACAUGGCAAUCAUUUCAACUCCGCAGUAAUCAGAUUGCGUUGAGAAGACUGUGCGCAUGGGAAUUCUUCUGGCCUUAUGUUAUGAAAAGUGAUCACACACUUGAGGCCCUGUGUUAUAAAACUAGUGGUUUGAAUGAUUGUUCUCUAGGUUACACACACUAGACUUAAGAGACAUUUUGACAACCCAAACCCAAUAAUAUUCAUUCCGUCUUGAAGUUUCUAUUGUGUUAGAAAUUGUCCCUUGAAUUUUUCUUGUCUUGUUGUCCUAUAUUGUAGUUGUUUCACAUUUGGUUGUAGGCAAUAUGCAUCAUCAAAAAAUCUUAAUCUUUCAGGAUCAAGAUUUUUUGUCUUACUGUGCAAUUUAUAACUGACACUGCCAUAAUUUUGACCCCUGACCUAAACUGAAAUGGUUUUGUGUCAACUUGUUACUUCCAGAACCAUCUUAAGAGCUUUGUGUCAUCUUUGAACCUUGAGGUCUUCAGCGUUCAAAGUAUUUGCUUUGAAUGAACACAGUAUCAUUGCACCAUCCAACCUAACCAUUCACCUCCCUACCAGUGCUGUGCUACAAGGCUGUGGGUGUUACACAAUGUCCAGCUGUGUGGACUGAAGUGGAGUGGAGGGAGACAUCUGCUCCUCUCCUACAAAAUCCCCACAUCACAUGGUUUUGUUUACUCAUACUUCUUAUUCAUAUCCCGGCAAUGUAAAAAAAAAAUGUCCACAAACACACACACUCCAUCCAAACGACAAGAAAGGAAAUGGAAUUAUAGGAAACAUUCGCCCCGAACCCCUGCCUGAGCCUACAAAUGAGAAUGGGAGGAUGAGUAUGUCAGUCACUCAGCCAUGUAAACAAUUACACCACAUGCUAAGAAACUUCCUUGUGUCUUUGCUCUGACCUCUUCAAAGUGCCCUUAUCAAGUCUGAAUUCAGUGUGGAGUUCAGAACUAGUGCAAUCAUGUCUCUGAUUCUGAGCUGACAGGUGGAUGUAUCUGUGAGGCAGCAGGUCUGUUUAGGCUCUGGAUGUGAGGUGCCUUGUGGAGCCAUUCCAUUUGUGGGUAGAGAUCCAGGCUGGCCCCAGACAUGAACUGGCAGACCUAGGGCUGAAAUUAAACCACCCAGAGUUUCUGGCUCUGGACUUUAGUGCUUCACUACUACCGACUCAUCUUGUGCAAAGAGAUGUUGCAUGUUUAUGAAAUGACUUAUUGGAUUAUCAGAAGUCUAUAUAAUGUUUCUGAUAAAUAAAAUUUGUGCAAAUUGUUUUCAUUUAAUACACACACAAACAAUGUGUGCCAUUACAUCAUGUAAUUGGAAGCAUAUGAUACACUUGAAACCAGGCUGACACAAUAAUGCAAGAAAACCUCAAUAUUAAACUAGUGUGAUCAUUUACAUGACAAAAUAAGAGCCUGAAUCUGAGAUUUUUAUUGAACUGAUUAGUCAGUAAAUUUAAACAAAUGGCAAAAACGAUCUCUUAGUGACACAUUCUUUGUUCCAACAAAUAUUGUACAUAAAUAUAUAUAAAAUGUUUUUGAGACUCU